AUGCCUUCCUCCUUGUUCCUGGUUGUUUUGAUACUGACUCCAGCCACAGUGGCGAACCUCAAAACUGCUGGUCCAUGUCCAACGUGUUGGGGGGCCACCUUCGACCUGGAGAGCCAGAGAGAGCUGCUUCUCGAUUUGGCCAAGAAAAGUAUCCUGAGCAAGCUGCACCUCAGCCAGCGCCCAACCCUGAGUCGGCCUGUGUCCAGAGCUGCCCUGAAGACCGCGCUGCAGCACCUUCGUGGGCCUCGCCGGGAAACCCUGCUGGAGCAUGACCCGACGCAGGAAUAUGAGAUCAUCAGCUUUGCUGAGACAGGCUUCUCCAGCAUCAACCGGACUCGUCUGGAUUUCCACUUCUCCGACAGAACUGCUGGUGGCAUGGAAGUUCGGCAGGCCCGCCUCAUGUUCUUUGUGCAACUCCCCUCCAACGCCACCCAGACGGUGAAUAUGAAGGUCCUUGUGCCCAGACCGUGUGACACCAACCUCACCUCGCCAAGUCAGCACCGGCUGCAGGUGGAGGGCAGCGGCUGGCACCAGCUUCUCCUGGGGCCCGAAGCUCAGGCUGCUUGCGGCCAGGGCCACCUUACCCUGGAGCUGAUACCUGAAAGCCAGGCGGCCCACAGUUCAGUCAUCCUGGGUGGGUUUUCUCACAGGCCUUUUGUGGCAGCCCGGGUAAGCGCUGGGGGCAAGCACCGGGUUCGCCGCCGAGGCAUCGACUGCCAGGGAGGGUCCAGGAUGUGCUGUCGGCGAGAGUUCUUUGUAGACUUCCGUGAGAUCGGCUGGCAUGACUGGAUCAUCCAGCCUGAGGGCUAUGCCAUGAACUUCUGUACCGGGCAGUGCCCGCUCCAUGUGGCGGGCAUGCCUGGCAUCUCUGCCUCCUUUCACACCGCGGUGCUCAAUCUACUCAAAGCCAACACGGCUGCGGGCACCACUGGAGGGGGCUCAUGCUGUGUGCCCACGGCUCGGCGUCCUCUCUCUCUGCUCUACUACGACAAAGACAGCAACAUUGUCAAGACGGACAUACCUGACAUGGUGGUGGAGGCCUGUGGGUGCAGUUAG